UUUGGCGUUCAAACAAAACGGUUGUGUUUCGGAUAGAAGUUGGAAUAAUAUACAAACGGGAAGCGGAAAUAGAAAAACGUUAAAUGCAACAAGUUAAAACAAGAAAAAAAAACAAGUCAAAUUGUUUUAUUGUUGACUCGUUAAAAGAAUUUUUAAAGAAUGCUAAUAAAACAAAAUAAAAAUAAAUAUUGUUAAACAACUUGCAGAUAGUUUGCGUUUUUUACAAAAAGCAAAAAUUGUAAAGAUUGUUUUUGCAACCAAUAUAAAUAUGUACAAUGUAUAUUGUAUUUAAAAUUGUUUGAAAAUUUCGUUCUUCGUUGUGUGGCAAAUUAAAGUGCAUUGAGUCAAGUGAUCAAGAAACAAUAUAGUAGUGCGUGUUUAUACGUACGUAUAUACAAACUUAUAUAUUUGAACCCGUUUUUAGGUUUUCUAAAAAACCUAGAUGAAAUACAUUUAACAACUGCAUUUAAAAAGUCAUGCCGAUUGAUUACAAACUUAAACAUUAAAUGCUUUUCCAAAACGCAUAUCAACUAUAAGUCGAAACAAUAAAAGAAAUGCAUUUAGAGGGUAUGAUUAAAUGGCACUAAGAAAUAAACUAUGAAGCGGAAAAAGUUUGUAACUUGUGUCGAGUGAAUGAAGAUGGUAUAUUUUCUAGGAACUGAGAAAAUAGAUUUCUACUACCACGUAUUUGUAUUUUAACAAAAUCACACAUACAUACUUGUGUAUGAAUUUCUUCUUAUAUGUAUAAGCAAUGUUUAAAUGUUCAUACUUUUAACUUUAUCUUCAAGUUAGUAGCAGUUGCCAGAGAACAUAUUUAAAUUAAACUUUGUUCUGUAUAAAUUUAAUUAUAAAACAGAGAAUAAACGAAAACUUUAAAGACAUCAUCAGUGUAGAGUAUUACUGUGGCAACCAACAAAGUUAAAAUACAAAAGUUUCGAUUUAAAUUAUACACGUCCUUCUUAACCCUCUAUCCAUCAAUCAAAUACUAUUAAUCAAGUGUUGUCGCACGUAAUGAGGACAUUUUUACGCUCUUUUGCGUUUUUAUCAGAUUAUAAAUUUCUUGUUAUUCUUGCGAUUUUCAUUUUAAACUUGAUUGAUUUUAAAAUUUCGGUAAGAGGCGAAAUAUUUACAUUGGGCUAUCUGACUGGCUCACAAAGAUCACCAGGAAAUUUGGAUUAUCAAAAGCCAGGUAUAACAAUCUCAGGUGCAAUAACCUUGGCUGUGAAGGAGGUUAAUGAGAAUAAAUUUAAAACAUUAGGCCAUUCAUUGGAUUUUAUUGUAGCUGAAACUUAUGGGGACGAAGUCAAUAGUAUAAAACAGACAGCAUCAUUAUGGACCAAACAAGUUGUGGCAUAUAUAGGUCCGCAAGAAACAUGUAUACAUGAAGGGCGCAUGGCAGCAGCUUUCAAUUUACCAAUGAUAUCGUAUUAUUGCACACAUCAUGAUACAUCUAAUAAACAGGAUUUUCCCACAUUUGCCCGAACUCGACCACCCGAUACUCAGAUAUCAAAAUCUGUAGUUUCUUUACUUUUGGCAUUUAAUUGGACUCAGGUAACAUUUUUAUAUCUCGAUCAUCCUGAUAGUUUAUAUCAGCCUGUAGCCGAUACAAUAAUAAAGAUUUUAAAAAGAGCUGGUAUUUCGGUACGUGAUACUAGGACAUGGAAUGCAAUUUAUCAUCAUGGUUUUAUGCCAAAUCCAUUUGAUGGUUUGGUGGAUAAAACGUAUGCUAAUACAAGAAUUUAUGUUGUACUGGGUCAUUACUAUGAGCAUGUUGGUUUAAUGGUAUCACUGUAUAACAAGGGUCUUCUAAACAAGGGUGAUUAUUUUGUGGUGGGCAUCGAUAUUGAACAGUAUGAUGCAUCUAAACCGGAGAAAUAUAUGCGUGGCCUGUUAAUGGAAAAAAGCGAUGAACGAGCGGAAAAAGCAUUUCAAUCUUAUUUGGGUAUAUUUCCAACAGCACCCUUAGGAUUUCAAGAAUUCGCAAAAGAGGUUAACAAGUAUAUGGAACAACCACCUUUUAAUUUUCCUAAUCCCUUGGGUUAUUUUGGAGGCUCUAAGCAGAUUAGUGCUGAAGCGGCAUAUUUAUAUGAUGCAGUGCACUUAUAUGCAAACGCCUUAAUACGUGUUUUACAGAAAAAAGGAAAUCCAAGAAAUGGCACAGCCAUUAUUGAGGCUAUAAAAGGAUCCAAAUACCGCAGCGCCAUGGGUUAUCAUGGCUUCAUAGACGAAAAUGGUGAUGCGGCUGGGAAUUAUACAGUAUUAGCGCGUGGUUUGGCACGCAAUCAAAGAAACAAAACAGUUCCUGGUCUGAUUCCAGUAGGAACGUUCAGUCAGACACAAAGUGAUAAACUACCUAGCUAUAAGCAGGAUCUCAAUUUAUAUGGCAAAAUAGAAUGGGUGGGCGCUGGACGUCCAGCCGCAGAACCCAAUUGUGGCUUUGCUGGAGAAAAAUGUAUCAGUUAUACAGGUGAAAUUUCUGCUGGCAUUGCAGGGGGUGCUUUACUACUACUGGGCAUAGUUUCAUUAGUACUAUAUCGCAACUGGCGUUAUGAACAAGAAUUGGACAGUUUGCUAUGGAAAAUUGACUUUCGGGAAGUUCAAAUGCAUGAAAAUGAAAAAGAAUCAAAUACUCAGAAACAAACAAGGUCAACUCAUCCUUUAAUACGAACAAGCCAAGUUAGUUUAAGUUCAAAUCCUGAUGCAGACUUUCGUUACACUACCAUAUUUACACCAAUUGGUCUAUACAAAGGACAACUGUAUGCCAUUAAAAAAGUGCGCAAAAAAUGUGUAGACAUAACGAGAGAAAUGAAGAAAGAACUUAAACUGUUAAGAGAUACUCGUCAUGAUAAUAUCUGUGCGUUUAUUGGGGCUUGUACAGAUCCACCAAAUAUUUGUAUUAUUACUGAAUAUUGCACAAGGGGUAGUUUAAAGGAUAUUUUGGAAAAUGAAGACGUCAAGCUGGACAACAUGUUUAUUGCUUCAAUGGUUGCCGACAUAAUACGAGGUGUCAUUUAUUUACAUGAAUCGCCCAUACGUUUCCAUGGUUCUUUGUGUACAUCAAAUUGCUUGAUUGACUCACGCUGGGUUGUUAAGCUAACAGAUUUUGGACUUUUUGCCUUUAAAAAAGGUAUAGAAGACAAUUCCACAGACAUUCAAUCGAUGUCAGCCAAAUGUUCAAAACUUCUUUAUCGAGCACCUGAGUUAUUACGCCAAGGCCCGGCUUCUUUAGUGAUGGGUUCUCAGAAAGGAGAUUCCUACUCUUUUGGUAUUGUUUUAUAUGAAAUUCAUACAAGACACGGACCAUUUGGUGAAACAGGACUUUCGGCAAUGCAAUGUUUACAGAAGGUUUUGCAAGUUCAGGAUACUUUAUAUCCUUAUCGUCCCUCUUUGCAACCCCUAGAAACAUCUUUCGAUUGUGUACGAGAAAUUUUAAAAGAAUGUUGGUGUGAAAAGCCCGAAGAAAGGCCGGACUUUAAGACCAUACGUGCAAAAUUAAGACCUUUGCGGAAGGGCAUGAAGCCAAAUAUUUUUGAUAAUAUGAUGGCAAUGAUGGAGAAAUAUGCUAAUAACUUGGAAGCUUUAGUAGACGAGAGAACUGACCAAUUACAGGAAGAAAAAAAGAAAACUGAUGCUUUGCUUUUGGAGAUGCUUCCACGACCCGUUGCAGAACAAUUAAAGAAAGGACACAAAGUGGAUCCCGAAAGUUAUGAACAAGUUUCUAUAUACUUUAGCGAUAUAGUGGGUUUUACAGCAAUGUCUGCUGAGAGCACUCCGUUACAAGUGGUUGAUUUUUUAAAUGAUUUGUAUACGUGCUUUGAUUCAAUUAUAGGUCAUUAUGACGUAUAUAAAGUCGAGACUAUAGGAGACGCGUACAUGGUAGUCUCCGGUUUACCGAUACGUAAUGGUGAUUUACAUGCAGCCGAAAUAGCCUCAAUGUCUUUACAUCUGCUUAGUGCGGUUUCCGAAUUUAAAAUUCGCCAUCGUCCACACAACAAGUUGCUUUUACGAAUAGGUAUCCACUCAGGACCUGUAUGUGCUGGAGUUGUAGGACUUAAGAUGCCUCGCUAUUGUCUUUUUGGAGACACCGUUAAUACCGCUUCACGUAUGGAAUCAUCGGGGGUACCAUUAAAAAUACAUUGCAGUUCACAGUGCAAAGACUUGCUUGAAAAACUCGGCGGUUACCAUUAUCAAGAACGAGGUAUUAUUAAUAUGAAAGGCAAAGGUGAACAACGGACGUAUUGGUUGCUUGGAGAAGACGAAGAGGCUAAAGCAAAGCGAACUUAUGAACGAUCGCAGAGAAGAGGCUCUCGAGCCUUAAACAAAUUCAUACAGGGAACUAUUAAACAACAACAGGAUCAGUUAUCAGCAGCAAAUGAUUUGGGCAUACGAUCGUCUUUAAAAAAUAAAAAUAUGCCCCGGAAUUCACUAACUCGCUCCUCUAGUUUGGAGUCGCCAAAAAAGUUACGAUUUGCGACUGGCACUCUAUUAGAACAUCAUCGUUAUCACAGUGAUGAGGCUUUGCUUGAAGUCAUAACCGAUUCGUAUAAUGGUGCAAGACGAUCAUCUGGCGGUUCUUGUCAAUCGCGUUAUGAAGAGUCAACAUUAUCUUGCCAAAGUUGUGAAGAUUUAAGUACUUACCAACGCCAAAGACGUCCGUCCUCUUUUCCUUCUGCCAAUACGCCCCUCUUGCUAAAUCAUAAAGAUACCUAAACUUUUAUAAUAAUUAAAACAUGAAACCUAGUGUCAACAAUUAACCAUCGAUAUAAAGAAAUAUUGAACAUACAGACAAUAUAAAAAUGUUCAGUUUUAGUUGUACUUAAUAGUGAAAUCGAUCUAGUCUUUAUAAUUUAAGUAGAUUAAUUGUAUGUAGAAUUUGUAUAUAUUUAUUAAAUUUCGCCACCAAAAUUGAUGAAAAUAAUUUAAUUAUUAUUGUUAAUAAAAAUCUUCCAAUAGGAAUACAAAAAACAUAUAUAUGUACAUGUGUGUGUAUAGAAAGUCUUCUACACAAAACAAUUUUAGUCAAAGUUUGUCUUUGCUUAUUUUAUUUUCAAUCGUUAAAAGUAAUAAUUUUGUUCAUAAACCGCAAUACUUUAAUGAAAUCAUUAAUCUGGCAACGCUUUAUUUAAAUUGCUAGUGAAGCCACACACUCUUACCUACACCACUUUUUUUAAUUUUUUUGCUAUUGCAUUGCUUAUAACGGUAAUGACAACAACAAUAAUAACAUGUUUAAUUGCAAUUCCUCUUUAGUUUUCUCUAAAUUUGACAAGUGAUAAGAAGUUUUCGGAGUUUAUUGUCGCGUAUAUUUAAUUUUCGAUGAAAAACUAAAUUAUAUUAUAAAAAAUUGUAGAAAAUGUGCAAUAAAUGAUUAUGAAUAUAAAAUAAAUAAAAUAAUAAUGAAAACGUGCUGCAUAUUCGUCAACAAAUAUAAAUUGUUGGCGGUCGUCCAUUUUCUUAUGAA